AUGGAGAGUGUCCGGGCGGCUCUACAAGUGCUUGUGUACAAUGUAGGAGCCGACAACGAGACCGUUUUUUUGUUUCCAUUCAGAUUCAAGUUUAAAGCACUUGAGCUGAAUCGUAAAGUCCUUGAAGGUGGUCUCCUACCAAAGAAGCCCCCUGUGAAGGAAUCCACACAGCCAAUUGGCUUUGACUUGGAGAUUGAGAAAAGGCUUCGAGAGAGGGAGGCCACCAAGAUACCUGAAGAGGAGAAUUACACUUUCCAUUCCAGACCUCUUCCUGUAAAGAUUCUAGAAGAAAUUGUGGGUGUUCCUGAGAAGAAGCAGUUGCCUCCAACAGUGCCGCAGUCUCCAGCCUUUGCUUUUAAGAACAGAAUACGUGUUGAACACAAAGUGGAGGAGGAAAAAAUAGCUCCAGUGAUCAAAGCAAACCCAAUGCCACACUUUGGGAUUCCCUUCAAGCCAAAGCCACAGGAAAAUAAACAUGUGGAAGUGUGUCCCUUCUCCUUUGAGUUGAGGGAUAAAGACAGACAAACUCUGAAAGAAAAGAGAAUUGAGGAACUGCGCAAAGGGGAGGUUACUCAGUUCAAAGCCAUUCCACUUCCUGACUUUGAACAUGUCCAGUUGCCUGAAAAGAAAGUAAAAGAAUCGACCAACCCGGAGCCUUUCAAGCUCCUGAUUGACGAGAGGGGUGCAGCUAAGAGUGAACGCUGGGAACAGAUGAUGAAGGAGGAGCUGAAACAACAAGCGGCAGCUUCGAAUUUCAAGGCUCGUCCAAACACAGUCAUUCAUCAGGAGCCGUUUGUUCCGAAGAAGGAAAACAGAUCCAUUUUAGAAACGAUUUCCAAUUCCGCAGUUGCAGAACAUUUUGAACUGUCAACAGAGAGGCGUGCCAGAGAGCGCAUGGAAUUUGAGAAGGUAAAUUCAGAGAGGGAAGCCCUGCGGGCCAAGAGGGAAGAGGAGGAGCGACAAGAGCUAGAGCGGAGGGAAAAGGAGGAAAUUAUUAAACUCCGACAAGAUCAGGUGCACAAAGCCCAACCAAUCAGACGAUUCAAGAAAAUGGAGGUGAAGCAUAGUGACCAGAUACUAACAGUUCCCCAGUCUCCUAACUUCUCAGACAGAUUCCGUCUUUAAAGUAGCUGUGUGUUCUACAUAUUGUGUAAAUAUCUGAAUGCCUGACAGUUUUUUAUGUGGACAAUAAGAUUUGCCUAUUUGUGGCUUAACUAAAGGCUACAGUUCUGUUCAAACAAUGGUAAUGCCAGAAUGGUUCCUUGGUUUGAUGACCUGAUUUGAAUGUUGAGCGCACCUACCCUUUUAUCUUAAUAUUUUAGUAGUUUUUUGUAAAACUUAAAUGUUUGUUCAAUAAAUUGUACACCUGUUUUACAUUUAAAAAAAAAAAAAAAAAAAAAAAAAAAUCCCUAUGCUAUCUUAACUGUUCUGUUUCUUCUAAAAUUUAAUAGUGGUGUCAUUUUUUUUUAAAAGGUUGUUUAAUUGAGUUUGUUUGGCUUGAGCUGCACCGAUGAAGGCUUUUUCAAAACUACAUUUCCUUAAUUUUAACAGCAAAAAACUUCUUCCAUGGUUCUUUAACUCCACUGGCUGAGAUCUAAAUGAACUUACAGGCUGAGUGUGUUACUAGGGCGCUCAAGUGACUGAAAUGUGUAACAACCUGCUGAAUUAGACCUGACUCCAAUACAUUAAAAGUGGCUAUGCACUGUAAGCUUACCAGAGGAACAAUUAUUCCUAUUGCUUGCAGCCCCCUAAACAGGGGCUGAACUAGGCUGAAUUUGCUCAUUCACUUAAACUGCAACAGCUAUGAUUUCAGUACAUUUUUCCAAAUACUAUGUGAUUAAUGUAGAAAAUAAUUGUAAAUGUAUGUACAAGAACUCCUGAAGUGGAUUUAAAAAUGUGAAGGUGUCCUUAUUUGAGAUCAUGUCAUUGUAGAUACAUUGUCAGAUUGGGAGCAACCAUCUAUUGUUGGUGCAGAGCAGAAAAUAUUGAAAUGCUGGAUCUUUUAAAGUGAAUGAUUUGAAAGACCUGUGGAUUGCUUGAGUUGAGCAGAGUCUAGGUUUUGACCCAAUAAUGCCCAAUGUCUUUCUACACAGGAAGUGUUACGUUUCUGAAACCUGAUUUCACCAGAGAAAAGGGUGCAGGAGAACUGGAAAAUAAUUAAACUGUUG